UAAUUCAACGUUAGAUCAAGUUUGAUCAACGUCCCCCUGCUGGCCCAAUUGGAUGAUCCUUAUUCACAAUAAGAUCCGCUUCUCGCUCCACCACCAUCUUUGAGAUAAGUCUUUGCCUUUUCCCCUCUCAACGGCAUAAGAUUCGCUUUGCUGCAGUUCCGCUCGCACCUCAACGUACCUGUAGUAUAUCACUGGUAGUACACAGUGAGAGCUGCUUACACGUCUGGCGGAUUUUCUGUGCGCAUAGGCUUGUGUACAUGGUUUUCCUAUAUCAGAUUCGUUUGAGGAGUUAAAUUCAGAGGCCGGAGAAAAUGAGGCAUCGCGUAAUAGCCAUUGUCUUUUUUUUGUUGUGGCUUUUUGGGAAAUCGCAUGGAGCGUUUCCAAACCAGAUAAAUAUAGGUGGUCUCUUUAUGCGCUCUACAGUGCAGGAGCACAGCGCUUUCAGAUUCGCUGUCCAGCUGUAUAAUACCAAUCAAAAUGUGACGGAAAAACCUUUCCAUCUCAAUUACAAUGUAGACAAUCUCGAAUCCUCGAACAGCUUCUCCGUCACACAUGCUUUCUGCUCCCAGUUCUCCAGAGGAGUGUACGCCAUCUUCGGCUUCUACGACCAGAAGUCCAUGAACACGCUGACCUCGUUCUGUGGGGCUCUGCACACCUCCUUCAUCACACCCAGCUUCCCCGCCGAUGCCGACGUGCAGUUUGUCAUCCAGAUGAGGCCUCCUCUACGGGGAGCUGUCCUCAGCCUGCUGGCCCACUACAAGUGGGAGAAGUUUGUCUACCUCUAUGACACCGAGAGGGGUUUCUCUAUCCUCCAGGCCAUCAUGGAGUCAGCGGUGGCCAAUAACUGGCAGGUUACGGCCCGGUCGGUGGGCAGCAUAGUGGACCCUACAGAGUACAAACGCAUCAUAGAGGAGAUGGACCGUAGGCAGGAGAAACGCUUCCUCAUCGACUGUGAAGUGGGCAGAAUCAAUGCCAUCCUGGACCAGGUAGUAACCCUGGGGAAGAACAGCAGAGGCUACCACUACAUCCUGGCUAACCUGGUUUCACUGCAGGGCUUCGCUAACAUGACCCUGGACAAGGUGUUUGCUGGAGGAGCCAAUAUAACAGGCUUCCAGAUCAUCAACCCAGAGAACCCAAUUGUCAUACAAUUCCUCCAGCGCUGGGAACGCCUAGACGAGAGGGAGUUUCCUGAGGCUAAGGGGACUCCACUGAAGUACACGUCAGCGCUGACCCAUGAUGCCGUGUUGGUCCUGGCAGAGGCCUUCCGGUACCUGCGGAGGCAGAGGGUGGACGUGUCCCGGAGGGGGAGCGCUGGGGACUGCCUGGCCAACCCAGCCGUACCUUGGAGCCAAGGCAUUGACAUAGAGAGAGCACUCAAAAUGGUCCAGGUACAAGGUAUGACAGGGAAUAUCCAGUUUGACUCGUUCGGUCGGAGAGCCAACUACAGCAUCGAUGUGUAUGAGAUGAAACUAGGGGGGCCCAAGAAGACCGGAUACUGGAAUGAAUACGAAAAAUAUGUAUUUAUUGUGGAUGCGCAGGUCACCAACGAGUCCUCUUCUGUGGAAAACCGAACGAUUGUGGUCACUACUAUUAUGGAGUCUCCUUAUGUGAUGUACAAGCGAAACUACUUGUCGCUGGAGGGGAAUGACAGAUAUGAAGGCUACUGUGUCGAUUUAGCUGCUGAAAUUGCAAAACAUGUGGGGAUAAGAUACAAACUGUCAGUAGUUGCGGACGGGAAGUAUGGUGCAAGGGAUCCAGAGACCAAGACGUGGAACGGGAUGGUGGGUGAACUGGUAUAUGGGAGAGCCGAUAUAGCAGUGGCUCCUCUAACUAUAACAUUGGUACGAGAGGAGGUGAUAGACUUCUCUAAGCCUUUUAUGAGCCUGGGGAUCUCCAUUAUGAUAAAGAAGCCUCAAAAGUCAAAGCCGGGUGUGUUCUCCUUCCUGGACCCGCUGGCCUAUGAGAUCUGGAUGUGUAUAGUGUUUGCCUAUAUCGGCGUGAGCGUGGUGCUCUUCCUGGUCAGCCGCUUCAGCCCCUAUGAGUGGCAUCUGGACGAAAACGACGAGGCCAAAGACCCCCAGAGCCCUCCAGACCCACCAAACGACUUUGGGAUUUUUAAUAGCCUGUGGUUCUCCCUGGGCGCCUUCAUGCAGCAAGGAUGCGAUAUCUCGCCAAGGUCUCUGUCGGGCAGAAUCGUGGGGGGUGUUUGGUGGUUCUUUACCCUCAUCAUCAUCUCCUCCUACACGGCCAACCUGGCUGCCUUCCUCACAGUGGAGAGGAUGGUGUCUCCCAUAGAGAGUGCUGAGGACCUGGCCAAGCAGACAGAGAUUGCCUACGGGACCCUAGACUCAGGCUCCACUAAGGAGUUCUUUAGGCGCUCCAAAAUAGCAGUUUAUGAAAAAAUGUGGUCUUACAUGAAAUCAGCUGAACCGUCAGUGUUCGCCAAGACGACACCAGAAGGGGUUGCCCGAGUGCGAAAGUCGAAAGGCAAAUUCGCCUUUCUUCUUGAAUCCACAAUGAACGAGUACAUUGAGCAGCGGAAACCUUGUGACACCAUGAAAGUGGGCGGCAACCUCGACUCUAAAGGAUACGGUGUGGCCACGCCUAAAGGCUCAGCAUUAAGAAAUGCUGUUAACCUGGCAGUGUUAAAACUGAAUGAGCAAGGCCUCUUGGACAAAUUGAAAAACAAAUGGUGGUACGACAAGGGAGAGUGCGGCAGCGGGGGAGGUGACUCCAAGGACAAGACAAGUGCUCUAAGCCUGAGCAAUGUGGCGGGAGUCUUCUAUAUUCUGGUUGGAGGGCUAGGGCUGGCUAUGACUGUGGCUUUGAUAGAGUUCUGUUAUAAGUCACGGGCAGAAACCAAAAGACUGAAACUGGCUAAGAAUGCCCAAAACUUUAAACCAGCUCCUCCGGCGAACACCCAGAAUUUUGCCACGUACCGAGAAGGCUAUAAUGUGUAUGGAACAGAGAGUGUUAAAAUCUAGGGGAUCUGAAGUCUGUCCCUUCCGCUGGUGUCUCUGCAGGAAGGUACAGUCACUCUGGAGGAAUACAACCCGCAAUGGCUGGCACCCUGGAGGCGACAGACAUGGUCAUCAGCUUAGGCCCAAACCCACAGUCAACAAAGGCCCAUCUUGGGAUGCCAAACCUGGCACGAUAAUCAACGACAGUGACACAAUAGGACUUGUUUCUUGAAAUAUGGGACCUGCCUCUCUUAGUGCCUUACGGAGCAUUCAGCGUCACAACAAUGCAACUCCAUUUUGGUUCACUUGAAAAUACAGAAUCAAAAAAUAAUAUAGGGGAGGAAAGAAAGAAAACAUUGAUACUGUUGUAAUCUAUAUACGUGGGUUAGUUUUUGUUUAAUUAUUUUAAUGAAAAAGAAGGCCAUUACUUGCCAUUAAGAAACUUAUCCCAGAGAACAUUUUAAGUCAUUUCAAUCCUUUACAGGCGUAUUUUAGUGGUAAAACAUUGACCAUUUUUUGGUUUGUUUUAUUUAACGUACUAGUCAACUGCCUAUUUUACUAUACAAUUAUGUUCAAUGUCAUUUAAUAAUCUAAGAUAAACUUCAAUCAAUAGGAUAGGAUCAAUAGAAAAUGACAAUAUUGUACCCUCGUUCUGUAUUUUUAAAAAUGUGCAUAAUUUGAAACCAUUGAUUAUUCAAAAUGUCUUAGGUGCUGUCAAUUUUCUCAGAGCCUGAUGGACAAACUGACAUUUUAUCAUGGCAGCAGCAUAACAUGACUGGUUAAAACAAAUGCAAUAUUUAACUUGGGUCACACUUGUCACUACUGCCAAAAAUGUUCAAUUGAAAACAGAUUUUAUGAAGAUGUGAUCAGUUUUAAAACACAUAUGGUGUCUUACUGUAAUUGUUUAUAUUUAUUGAACAGAGAACAAACAGUUGUAGAGAACACUUGGAUAUUUACAGUAUAGGACUACCAAGCAUAAUAGGUGUUUGGUUAUAAACAGUACUCCCCUUUUGACAAUAUAUAAAAGGUUUAAGUACUCCUCCUCCUCAAAAAUCUGCUACAUUUCUUCCACAUUAAAAUGGAAAAAGCUUUAUAAAUGUAAGUCUUAUUGCAAUGCAAUCCAAUGAUCUCUUUAAAGAGGGAGCUCUCUAUUAUAUGAACAUGCUGGGUAAAUAACAGCACACUGGUUGUGAUUUACAUAACUUUCUUUGUACCCGUUUGUUUUCUGUUGAGAUUAUGUAGUGAAUGAUGAGCAAUGAGAGUGGAGAGAGAGAGAGAGAUCAGAAGAAUACAACAGGUAUUUCUGUUUGAAUUUUUCUGCCAAAACUGUGAUCCACUACACUUUGAAGACACACCCAAGACAAAACUGAUGAUGAAUAUGAGAAUUCUUUAUGAACCACAGAGGACCAUAAAUGUGAAGAAACGUAUAUUUGUUUAGUUUGAUUUUAUUAAAUGAAGGCUUCUCAUCAUUUUUACCCAAGUAAAACGCAUGUGGAAGAGGAGAUCACUUGACCAAACUGCAACCUAAGCAGACCCUAGGAAGUUAACAAUCUCAACGUUAGAACUCAUUUGAUCCUUUCGGUUCGUGUAUUUGUAACUGCAUCUCAGCAAUGAGGAAACUGCCAAGCUGCAUAGUGAUAACAAGAACUGCAUGUCUGGACAUACUGAACCUUGUUAGUGAGGUUCUGUACAAAGAAUUUUAUUACAUUUUUGUAAAUAAAAACGGAUUUAAAAAUGG